CUGUGAUGCUUACACAUCUGAUAAAGUGGCAGCUUAAUUUUUUUUAUACACAGCCUACAAACUCAGUGCAAACUAACUGCAGAGAAAUAGUUAAAUAAUUUUGAAUUAAAUAUUCUUAAUUUACAAGGCUUAGAGGGUUCUUUCGACAGGACAUAUCCAAGAUAAAUGGACAAAAUUAUAAUAUUUCUGACUGACUCAAAAUGGAACAAAAUCGAAUCGGGACCUUGUGAAUCAGCUGUAGAAAUCAGUGACGAUAGUAGUGCCUGCCCGACUACCUUCAUUUCCACAAUGUUUAUUAGGAGGGCAGAGUUCUCAGAAAAGCAUUGAGUAACCUCUCUGCACGUCAUAGAAGAUCUUCGGAAAGUGUUCAGGAAACACAACAGAGAGACCUCAGAGUCCUCAGGCAACAUGGAGGACACCGCGACCAACUGGUCAAACUCAGAUGUAAAUGAUGUUGAAACGUGUAUUUUCUGUUUAAUAGCGAACAAAAAAGACGAAAACACAAAGAUAAUAAAAGAGACUAAAGACCUGGUGUGUUUCAGCGACAUUUUCCCAGGUGCGCCUCACCACUACCUGGUUGUUCCCAGAGAGCACAUACUCAGCUGCUUCUCACUGCACAAAGGACACAUUGAUCUAGUUGAAAGGAUGGCUAAACUGGGGAAAGAUGUGCUCCACGACCAAGGGAUUACUGACAUGGCGGAUAUAAGGUUGGUGGAGACGGUUCUUGGAAGUACCGGAAAAAAUAUUCAUACUAGUAAAAAGGCAAAGUCUGCAAACUCAAGUUCUCUCGUGGGCAUUCAGGAAUCAUUUACAGUGGACACCCAUUUUUCAUCCAUCCAUCCGUGCAUUCAUCCAUGCAUACAUCCACCCACUCACAGGGCUAAAGCACAGAGACGGACGAUCAUUCACGUUCACGCUCAUAUGAGGUUAAUCAGCGAUCCAAAAUUGGCCGUAGUUUUGAAUACGAGUGUGAAGUAAAAUCCUGCAGUUUCUGCUGGGUGCAUUGUAGCUGCCCGAAGCCAAAACUCAGUAAAAAUCUUACUUUUAACAUUAAAUUAAAAAAGCUACAGUGUAUCUUAAAAAAUGAUAUUAAAGGGAGGGUGGAUGAAUCUUUUGCUUUAAGUAACUGCAUAAGUAAUCUUCGUGCUAAUGUAAUCUAUAUAAUUAUAGUUUAACAUGGAGUGAGGGGUCUAGUUGCUCUGUUGUUUGUAAGGGUUUCAUCCCUGCUCUGGGCGGCUGAAUUUCAGUGCUGAUGUGUUUUUCUCCACAGGCUGGGAUUCCACCAGCCGCCCUUCAUUUCAGUAGGUCACCUCCACCUCCACGUGCUCGCCCCUGCCAGCCAGAUCUCAAAGUACAUGUUGUAUAAGUUCACUCCAGAAACCAACUCUUUUGUUACU